AUGGACGACCAAAACGGCAACGCUGGCACCGCCGCCGGCCGUCUUAACGCCUUGGACGCCACCGUAGACACCCUUACUCUUCUGAGAAGCUUGCCCGAGCCUCCCAUAGAGUCCCAGGUGUGCAUUGUUGGUGCUGGUCCUGCAGGUCUCAUGUUGGCUGCCAACCUCAGUCGUUUCGGUAUCAAAGUCGAGGUAAUUGACGACAGAGCCGAUCAGACGCCUGUUGGAAGAGCAGACGGACUCCAGCCCAAGACGAUCGAGACCUUCCGCCAAAUGCGCCUGGCUGACCCUUUGCUGCUACGAGGCGUUCGCGUUUACGAUAUUUCCUUCUGGCGAAGCACCGCCGACGAGCCUCUCCACAGACUCGGCCGCGAGGUUCACUACCCUCCCGUUAUUGACGUCUUGGAUCCCUACAUUCUCUUGGUGCACCAGGGCAUGGUCGAGGGUCUCUUUAUCGAUGACCUGAAGAAGCGUGGAGUUGAGGUGCGAAGAAACACGGCGUUCGAGUCCUACAGCGUGCCGGAAAACAAGGCUGGACCCCUCCAGAUCAACUGCCGUACGAACGUCACUCAAGAUCGGAGGACGAUCUUGACGCAGUACUUGGUCGGAUGUGACGGAGCACACUCGAAGGUCCGCAAGAGCAUCCCGGAUGCGCGGGCAAUUGGUUUGUCCCAGCCCGCCAUCUGGGGUGUUCUCGACGGCGAGCUGAUCACCGACUUCCCGGAUAUCUGGUCCAAGACGCUAGUCUACUCGCAGGAGUAUGGCUCUAUUCUGAUCAUUCCCAGGGAGAGGAACAUGACUCGCUUCUACAUCGAGUUGAAGGCAAACCCAAAGGCGGACAAGCGAGAGCUUGGCCAGGAGUUUGUCAUGGCUCGUGCGAAGAAGAUUAUGGCUCCGUUCGAGGUCGACUGGAAGUACAUUGAGUGGUUUGGUCGCUACCAGAUUGGUCAGAGAGUGGCCAGCCGGUUCUGCGAUAACCACGUCAGAGCAUUCCUUGCUGGAGACGCCAGUCACACGCACUCCCCAAAGUCUGCUCAGGGUAUGAACACCUCUAUGCACGACUCUUGGAACUUGGCUUGGAAGCUCAACCUGUCCAUCCGCGGACUGGCCAAGCAAGCGCUGCUUGAGAGCUACGAGGAAGAGCGAAGAAAAAUCGCUGUGGACCUCGUUAACUUUGACUACGAGCAUGCCAACCAGAUUGCUGGUGGUGAUGCCGUUGCACUGGCAGAGAACUUCAAGACGAACGUCCGUUUCAUCUCUGGUAUCGGUGCCGAGUACGCCGAGAGCCUCCUUAAUAGGCCCGACCCCCAGGGUCUUGUCAUGGGAGACGCCAGGCCGGGUUGCUUGCUUCCCCCGGCCAAGGUGACCCGGUAUAUCGACUCUAACCCCGUUGAUAUCCAGCUUGACAUUCCCAUGCUUGGCCAAUUCCGCAUCUACCUCUUGAUGUGGGAUAUCCAGGCGUCAAGCCCCUUCUUGGAGACCUUCUGCCAGUCAAUUGCAUCGGCCAACUCGUUCAUCAGCAAGCUCUCUGCUUCUGCCAGCGCUUCCUAUGCCGCGCAACCUAGACUACCCUCUCCUGAAGAUAUCUACUACCGACCUGAGCGGUACACGGCCGUCAGCCAUCUCUUCACAUUUGCCUUGAUUACGACCAUGCCGAAGACCGAUGUGGAGAUUUCAGACCUGCCGGCUCUCCUGCAGGACAGCCGAUGGACGUUCUAUCUGGACGACAUCCCAGAGCAGGACACACGCGGCCAGCUCUGCACCAACAAGUGGCUCGGCAGUCUCGGCCCCGGUGAGGUCUCCAUCGUGAACGUACGACCCGACGGCUAUGUUGGCUCCGUCGGUAGGUGGGACUCGAGCAUGGAUGACGCCGGCGAGGAGGCUGCCCGCUGGCUGGAUGCGUACUACGACGGCUUCCUCCAGCUGCCCAACGGCUCAUCUCCCACCCCGACCGCGACCCCCAUGGCUACUUAG